UUGUUUCUUUGACCUUUGUCAACCUCUUAUUCUACACCCAGAUUUAUCAGAACUCCUAAACUUAGGAAGGUUGUUGGACUUGGUCAGACAUGAAUGUUAGUACAUGUUUUUUUGAUGAGAAUGUUAGUAAUGUCAUCUUUUUGUUAUCAAUUUCCAUAAGUAAUGUCAUCUUUUUGUUAUCAAUUUCCAUAAAAACUUACCCCGACAUGUUUCAUGUUUGGUAAUCUUCUUUCAGGGAGAUGUGAAAGUGAUGGUAAAAGACCCUAUUAGAGCAUGACAUCAGAUUCAAAAAAGAAGUAGAACAUUUUGGACAUACAAAAUUAAAGACAUUGAAAUCAACACAAGCAACAGGAGAAACAAUGAAAGGCAUGCACAAGGCAAUGGGCCAGAAGAACCUUCCAUCUCUGUAGAAAAUUAUGCAAGAAUUUGAGAGGCAAAAUGAGAAGAUUGAGAUGGUGACUGAAGUAAUGGGAGAUGGAAUUGAUGAUGCCUUCAAAAGGGAUGGGGAAGAGAAGGAACCAAAGAACUUGUGAACCAGGUCCUUGAUGAGAUUGGAAUUGAUGUCAAUCAAGAGAUGGUAUUUUCCUUGUUCCAUUUAAAAUUAUUUUCUUUGAUGGAAUUUCUGUCUCGAUUCUUUUUUAAUUAUUUUUAAAUUUGGAAUUUAGUUUUUGCAAUUAAAAAUGUUUUUGGAUGACUUUAGUUUUUCUACCAUUGAACAAGAGGUUGCCUAACAAUGAGAUGACUUUAGUUUCUUUUCUUUUCUUUUCUUUUUUUUUUUGUCUCUGGUUAAUUGGGAUUAGUUUGACAAGUUGUUGUCACAGUGGACCCUUGUGCAGUAGGACUCUAGUUAAUUAGGAUUAGCUUGUAGGCUUAUAAUUGUUAAGUUUUUCAUGUUUUCUGAGCUUAGAAUUAGAAAUCUUGUUUAGAUAUUGAAGGUAAAUAUAAAUUAUGAUUGGCAGCCAAAUCAUUUGAUAUGAUAUUUUAGAUUACAUAGAGCUUCUGAGUGGUUUUUUGCAACUUAAAACUAUAUCUUGUUUGAAUUUUAGGAUCAACAAGGGUGCCAACUUUUCCAUGUCAUGCAUCUUAAAGUAAUGAUGAUACUGGUGGCUACAAUGUUAGAGCAUUUCAAUAUGACAAUGAGUUUAAUUGCUAAUAGCAACAAUAGCAUUUUCUAUUAUUGCCUGGCUGUGUUGUCUUUGAAUCUGACAACUCAAGCUUGGAUAUUAUUUAGGCAUUAUUGUUAUGUUUUAUUUGGUUCUAAUAAAAUUAAGCAUUUAAU